AUGAGCAACGCUGAAGCUGGAAACAUCACGCAGGAGACUAUUAAGCAGGUUGAUGAGGUCUUUAAUGCACUCUUGCCAGUCGAGGUUAAUGCAGUGUUUGGUCCCAUAACAAAAAGCAUUUUGACGUAUUUGCAGUCCAUCUCCGUACCUGGUGGACCUGACAAAUGGAACCAAGUCAUUCUUGAUGUCAUGACAGAUCUUCAGAAUUCAUUGUCGUCAAACAGCCCAGCUCAGCCCAUCAUUUCCAUGUUGCUCAACAUCACCCAAUUCAUUCUGAGCUCAGAUAAAGUCAACUUGACAGGGAACUUGAUUGAUACCCAACAACUGACUGGAUUGUUUAAUGAAACUAUAUCUUUACCCCUGGAUGUGGUUGACAACAUUCUUGUUGGUUACUAUGGUUUGCUUCAGUUGAUCACAAACCCCAAUAUGAGUUACGCCGAAGCUGGUAACCUCACAGUAGAGACCAUCCAGAUGGUAGAUGACGUCAUUCGAACUCUUUGGUCUGUGGACACCGCUGAAGUGCUGGUUCCAGUCACAAACACCAUUAUCAUCCUUUCGAGCAGCAUCUCUAAACCUGGAGAACCUGAUAACUGGAAUGAAAUAAUUCUUAACCUGAUGAAAGAACUCCAGAACUCCCUGCCGACAAACAACACACCCCAGUCCAUCAUUUCCAUGUUUCUAAAGGUCGCAGAAUCCAUUCUAAGCUCCAGUGAAAGAAACUUUCCUAGCAACCAGGAUAUCUCUAACAUUGCAGAAAAUGUAACACACAUUAUGGGCCAACUAAUCCAGUCCCUGCUCUCGCCUGAAGAGAUGGCCUCCGUCACAGUUUCUGAGCAGGUGCUUCAACAUCUAAACCAUGCUCUAGAGGUGGCCAUGUCUGAUGGUGGUCUACAAAACGAAAAGUUCACAAAAUCCAUUGUCAGUGCUAUUGGUGUGGUUCUGGAGAGAAUGUCUAAUGAGACUGGACGUCUACCUCAGGACGGAAUUGACAACAUUCUUGGUGCUUUUCAUGGUUCGCUCCAGCUGAUCCUGAACCCCAAUAUGAGCAACUCUCAAGCUGGAAACAUCACACAGGAGAUUAUUAAGCAGGUGGAUGAGAUCGUUCAUGCUCUUUUGCCAGCCGAGGCAACUGAAGUGUUGGGUCCUAUAACAAACAGCAUUUUGAUCUAUUGGCAGACCAUCUCUCAACCUGGUGGACCUGACAAAUGGAAUGAAGUCAUUCUCAGUGUGAUGACCGAUCUUCAGCAUUCAGUCUCGUCUAACAGCCCAGCUCAGCCCAUCAUUUCCAUGUUGCUCAACAUCACCAAAUCCAUUCUGAGCUCAGAUAAAGUCAACAUGACAGAGGACUGGAUUGAUACCCAACAACUGACUAGUUCGUUUAAUGGAACUGUCGCUUUACCUCAGGAUGUGGUUGACAACGUUCUUGUUGGUUAUUAUGGUGUGCUUCAGUUGAUCACAAACCCCAAUCUGAGUUACACUGAAGCUAGCAACCUCACAAUAAAGACUAUACAGACGGUGGAUGAAGUCAUUCAAGCUCUUUGGCCUGUGGAGACUACUGAGGUGCUGGUUCCAAUCACAAACAGCAUUAUUACAUUUUUGAACAGCAUGUCCAAACCUGUCGGGCCUGAUAACUGGAAUGAAAUCAUUCUUGAUGUCAUGGAAGAACUCGUGAUUUCCCUGCCUUCAAACAACACGGCUCAGUCCAUCAUUUCCAUGUUUCUAAAGGUCACAGAAUUCAUUCUAAACUCCAGUGAAGGAAACUUCACAAGCAGCUGGACUGACCAACUGGAUGUCGGUAACUUUGCAGAUAAUGUAGCGUCCACGAUAGAUCUCGAACAACUAAUACAAAACCUGCUCUCGCCUGAAGAGAUGGCCUUCUUUGCGAUUUCUGAGCAGGUGGUUAAGCAUCUAAACCAUGCUCUAGAGGUGGCCAGCACCGAUGGUGAUCUUCAAAGUGAAAAGUUCGCAGAAGCCAUCGUCAGUGCUGUAAGUGUGGUUCUGGAGGGUGUGCAGAAUGAGACUGGACCUCUAUCUCAGGAUGGGACUCACAGCAUUCUUGGUGCUUUUCAUGGUUCACUCCAGUUGAUCCUGAACCCCAAUAUGAGCAAUGCUCAAGCUGCAAACAUCACACAGGAGAUUGUCCAGAGGGUGGAUGAAGUGAUUCAUGUCCUUUUACCAGAGGAAGUGACUGAGGUGCUGGCUCCCAUCACAACUGGCAUUUUAUCCUAUUUUAAGACCAUUUCCCAACCUGGUGGACCUGACAAAUUUAAUGAAGUAAUUGUAAAUGUGAUGAGAGUGCUUCAAAAUUCUCUUCCGUCAAACGGGACAGCUCAGUUCAUCCUAUCUUCGGUUCUUAAAGUCACAGAGCGCAUUUUGAGCCCACAACAAGGUCCUGUAAACCCUUGGGAAUACUUUGGAGACUUCAGUCUAGACAAUUUGAAUAAAUUAACAGCACAGCUGACAGAGUAUAUGAGCUCUGUGUCCCCAUUCUUGAACGAAUCCUCUCACAUGGUCACGCAAGCUGCAGCCGUACUGGUCCAGAUCAUCUCUGGGAACGCUGACGAAAUGACCUUUGACAAGUUGGAGGAGAUGCUGGCUGCUUUCUUACCAACUUUCAGUGAAACUGCUCUGUGGGAGUCAUUGCCCUCUGUUGUCUCCACAAUGCAGACGAUCAUUGUUAACAGUACUCAAAACAUACAGGCGCAAACAGCGUUCUUCUAUUCACUUCAGGAGCCAUUGCAAAGCCUUUUGUCAGACAUCUUUGAUGGCGUGAAUGCAAGCAGUUUCAACACUAUGAAUAUUGUUGGAGGAUUGCCACAGGCCCUUCUUUUGACCGCAGAAUUUGCUGGACAGGCUGUUUUUGAGGGUAAUGGCCUAAAUUGCAGCUACGUGCUGGAAAUAUGGAAGGAUGUUGGAAAUGUUGCUGGCAUCAGUGAAAAUGAUGUUGUCUUGUGGUGUAACGUCCACCUACAGCCUGUCACGGUAGCUUUCAGUACACCAGAACUUGUGACCACAGCCUACAAUAUAACGGAAAUGGACCCUCUGUGGGCAAAUAAGACUGCAGACAUGAUGGUCGAGUUGCUGGAGACGUUCUACGGAGUGGCUUUAAACUACACCUUUGCUGGUGAACAGCUAAUGGAAAACCUGUUGAAUUACACGUCAACAUUGUCCAACCUCUCUGUACCAGAAUUAACAAACCUGGCUAACUGGAACGCCCAGCUUUACCAGACACAGCUUCAACAAAGCAUGUCCCAAUUGCAAAUGGCUCUGGACCAAAUCGGCGAUGAGCAUCCUGGGAUGAUGCCAUACAUCAAUGCAAUUCAAGAAACCAUACACCACACCUUUCAAAAUAGUCUUCUGCAAAACUCAACUUCAGACUCUGAGAUCAUCAUGCAGGCUUUAGAGAUUGCCCUAACUGGAAUGAACUUUACAGAGGAAUCCAUCAAUUAUUUUCUUAGUGGCGACAUGUUUAUGAACCCAAAUGGAAGCAUAAUUGACAACAUUAUAAAUGAUGUGAUCAAACAAGUCAUUAGUAUGGAAUUGCUGGGAGAUUCGCCAAUGUUGUAUGGAAUAAUGCAACAGUUUGUGAAUUUUGACAACACAAGUGGCAUCCUGUGGAAAAUGAUUGAGUUGGUCAACUGGAUGAGCUUCACUGAAGAAACUGGAAUCAACUUUGUCAUAGAGGGCCUGCCCAAGCUGUACCAGAUUGUGCGGCAAAUUCUGCCAUCUGUAACCACGAUGACAUCUCCACUGCAGUGCUUUGCUGAUACUUUCAUUGACAUCGCAGGUAAUGUUUUGUACUUGCUGAGACAAAUCAAACAAACCAGUGAGCUUUUUGACCCGGUGGAACACUAUCUGAACCCAUUCCAAAUGCAGCUGUCUCAAAGACAAAACCUACAUGAACAAUUGUCCCAUACUAGAAACACCAGAAGACGCACAGGAACGAGGGAACCAGUGGACGACUUCCUAGACCUUCUUGACAUCGACUACCAAGCCUUGCUUCAGAUUCUCUCCAUUCCACUUACCACAACUGAGAUUCUGGAGACCAUGCAUGUGUUCUUUGCCAAUCCAGACCUAGCUGUCAUACUGAAGGGGUUUUCGGGAGUAGGUCAUGAGGAAACCAUUGAUACGAGUCUGAAUGUGCUGUCCUACCUGACACUCCCCAAUAAUGGAGAAGAACUCCUGGAGAUGUUCAUGGACAUUAACAAUGAAGGAUGGAAUCUGGAAAACCUACAUAAAAUAGAGAAGCUAGCACAGAGCCUGGGAAAAACGGUCGAUGUGGCUAUGGGGCUUUCAGACCAGCCUUCUCUGAACAUCUCGCAAAGAAUUGAACAUGUGGCUGGACAACUUCAAGCCUCUGUGACCAACAUGGUCUUAAAUGAAGGAAAUGUCACCAGUGCAGUCCACUUCCUUAGUGCCCUCAACACCAUCCUUUCUGAGAACUUUAAGGAAGUCAAUGAUGUCAGCCCUCAAGUCGCUAGUAGUCUUCAAAACAUACUUGGUCCUUUUUCAAGUCCAGAGUCACAGAUGAGUGUGGAAGCCUAUUUGACAGCCGUGGACCAAACUGCUGAAGCCUUCUCCCCUCUACUCUCUGGAGAUGAAGCAAUGUAUUUCAACAUAUCUAGACAAAUGCUCAAAGCCUUUGCAUUGCUUGAGGUGUAUCCUAAAGAUCAGAAUGAAGUCCUGCAUGCCACCAGCCUGAUUUCUGACUCUCUGAACCAUCUUCUUAACCUUUCGAAAAUCACAACGAUUCCAACCGGGCAGUCAGUCGAAGAGAUUACCCACCCCCUAAUCCUCAACAGCGCGUUGGCCACCCAAAUCCUGUUUAACCUCUCCAUGUCUAACUACAGCCUGAGCAACAAUGCGGAGAUGGAGUGGCAGCUGAACCAAAUUUUCAAUCAGAUGUCUGCUGACCUCCCCAUGGAAAGCCAUGUGUACCUCCACUCUGUGAAAUCGGCACUCUUCAGUGCCCUUUCAAUUGUAUCCAAUGCUACAGAAAUCAUUCCCAAAUUCCCACAAAUCUCCAAGGAGGUUACGGACUCUCUCCUUUCCUCCCUAAACAUAACAUAUGAUCCAAUGUCCGAGGAAAUGUCUCCAGUCGACCUUGCUUACAUCUUGACGACAGUGUCUAAUCAAGUGUCCGUGAACCUUUUCGAAGGCCUCAUGGCAAACGACUAUACUAUCCAAAUCUCUCAAGUGGUGAAUUCUUCAAGUGAGGCUUUACUGAAUUUGUAUCCAAUAAUGCCUCUUGACGGACAACCAUACCUCAAUAUGACAAUCCACCUCAUGGAGACAAUGACCUCUGUCGUCAACGACUCAAACUCAGUUGAGGAUGUAGACGGGGCGGUAUCUCUCAUAGUCAAUACUAUCAACAGUCUGCUCUCAAUAGUGCCGCAGGUCAAUACGAACUCCACGGACAACAUCAUGGUUAACCUGGAACAGACCCUGAAGGUCGUUCUAAUGAUCCUCCAAAUGGACCAAAACCCUCUUGCCCAAACGGCUGACAUUACCCAGCAGCUGAUGCACACCAUCCAAAACCUCCUCCCGCAGGGCAAUGGCAGCAUGGAGUUUAAUCUGGCCGAAUUAGUGCUGGGGGCUGCCAACAUAAGUAUUGAGCAUCUGCAGAUGAUGAAUGACACCAACUGGACAAACAAGGUUCCUUUGAUGCUGUCAGAUUUAGCAGAUGCUCUUCCAGAUGACCUGCAGUAUGCUAGUUUUAUUAAGACCGUCAUGAGGAGUUUGGCCAACGAAUCCCAAGAGAAUCUCCACCUUCUGCAGGAAGUGUUAAACACUCUCUUUGAAGUCGGCUCAGCCAAUUGGAUGAACGAGAGUUCGGGGCUGAUACUUGACCGCCUGUUGGCUCAGGUGUGUGCUCUGGAAGACAUGUCCUCUGUGAAGUUGAUCAGCCAGUCGUUGUCGUUGGACCACAAACUGCUGUGUACCUUGGCCAUUCCCACCAUCCAGGUCAUCCGUCAGCUCACGCUCGGCGCAGUGACAGAGAGCAUUAGCAUCUACGAUCUGAUUUUCCAGACAUUUGUGGGAGACCUGAGCACUUACCACACUGCACUGGACUGGACGUCUACGAUCUCUCAAAUUGUUGGUUUUGACAUCUCUAUGCUAAAAAAUCUGAGUAUUAAUAUGCCUGCUCCAGCUGAAGUGGAGGUAUCAGAGCUGCUGGAAAACACAACCCUGUUUGUUGAGGAUGUCAUGCGGUAUACAAGCUUUCCACCUGAAUAUCUUAAGGCACUUCUAGAGUCCCCUCUACCAAGCAGUAAUCUGCAGAUCUUGAAAUAUUUGGAAGACCUGAAGCAAUGUUCCAACCCCUCAUCUCUGGGUCUGAGCCCUCAAGGACAGGCUGUCUUUAGUGCUUUCUGUGAUCUGCCAGUCAAUGAAUGGUACACCAUGACACUUCUGUUGGUUCGGCACGUGGACAUGAAGUCUGCAAUAUUCAGGCUUGUAGUAUCCAAAGAAAUUCAGGAUUUGGUCGGAGUCAUGCUUGAGAUGAUCAAUUUCCUGACAGAAAUGAUGAGCAAGCUGUCUCCCGCCCUAAAGAAACUGCAGGAGUACCUGACAACAAUAGAAGAUCUUAACCUAGUGGCCAACAAGGAGUUUCACGGUCUGGUAAGAGGAAAGCGCUCAACCAUAUCGAGCAAAGCCACCUUGAGCACCAUCUCUCGCGCCUUGUGCAAAAACGGCAUCCUGACACUUUUCGCCAUCAGUAAACUUCCCAUCGCAGCUGACACGGAUCCCUCCGUCCAAGAGGUCCACAGGAGGGAGGAACUCAUCGAGAAGUUCAAAAUCCCACACGAUGCCAGUCCCUUCUGUAUGAACCUCUACUUGGAUAUGGUGAAUACAACAGGGGGCGCUGUGGCCUGGGCCUUCCUCAAACCCAUGCUGUUGGGACAGGUCUUGUACUCGCCAGACACGCCUCUGACCAGAGAAAUAAUCAAAAAGUCAAAUUCCACACUGAAUCAGUUUGGUGAUCUGAAGCUGUAUUCUGCAGAGUGGUUAAAGUCAUCGUCUUAUGUCAUGCAGUCUGCUAAUGUUCUGGCUAAAACAUUGCCGAUUCUUCAGAACUCUCUGCGCAAUCCCUUCGUCCAAAACUUCAUUCAGACUCAGACUGGUAUUGAUGUCACACAGAUGAGUGCAACGCUCAGCCAAUUCUCUAACAUGACAGUUCUAUUAGACCAAAACAAGCUCAUCAUGGAUCAGAUCACCACCCUCUCCAACCUGAUGAUGAACCUCUCCUCCUGUGUGAACUUCGACCGAUACAAAGGCUUCAAUUCUUCUGAUGAGCUUGACAUCCGUGCUGAGAAGCUGGCUCAGAACCGAGAACUCUACGCCAGCGUCAUCUUCAAACUUCCCAAGGAAAAGUCAAACUCCAGCCUGCCCCCUGAGAUCGACUACACCAUCCGCAUGAACAUUGAGAACUCCAUGCGGACAGACCGUGCCCGGAAUCCCUUCUGGGUCAAGGAUGCCUUCAUCUCGGCCAUGAACACACAGCGGUACAGUCGAGGCUUUGUAUACCUGCAGGAGAGCAUUGAGAGAGCCAUCAUUGAAAUGCAGACGGGUAAAGCCAUUGAUGGGCCCGCCGUCCAGAUCCAAGCCUUCCCGUAUCCCUGUUACUACAAGGAUGAGUAUCUCAACAGCAUUGCUUUCGUCUUCCCGAUGGCGCUCAUGAUUUCUUGGGUUCUGUUUAUUGCCAACUUUGUGAAGAAACUCGUCCACGAGAGGGAGCUGCGUCUCCAUGAGUACAUGAAAAUGAUGGGCGUCAAUCCCAUCAGUCACUUCUUUGCCUGGUUCAUUGAGAGCGCCGGGUUCCUUGUGGUCACUAUCACCAUCCUCACCAUCAUUUUGAAAGCAGGCGGCAUCCUCCCUUACAGUGAUGGCUUCGUGAUCUUCCUCUACCUGUGUGACUACGGCCUCAGCAUCCUCGCCAUCAGCUUCCUGGUCAGCUCCUUCUUCGACAAGACUAACAUCGCCGGGCUGAGCGGCAGCCUCAUCUAUGUGAUCAGCUUUUUCCCCUUCAUCGUGCUGAUUCACCUGGAGGACAACCUCUCGUUCCCCGUGAAGAGCGCGCUGGGUCUCUUUUCUCCGACAUGCUUCAGCUACGGUAGUCAGUAUAUCACACGCUAUGAGAAACAGGAAGAAGGCAUCCAGUGGAGCAACAUGUAUAUUUCUCCUCUGGCCGGUGACACAACAUCCUUCGGUUGGCUCUGCUGGCUGCUCCUCAUCGAUUCAGGGUUGUAUUUCAUCAUCGGUAUUUACAUCCGCAUGGUCUUCCCAGGCAAGUAUGGCAUUGGGGUUCCAUGGUACUUCCCUUUUACACGGUCCUACUGGACGGAUAUGUUCAGCUGCUGUAUCAGAUCACCAAAGAAGAUUGGCAGAGGGCUUCUCUUCACCAACAUGAUGCAGGAGCACAACAACCGUGAUAAAAGCAAAGGUACUAAUACAUUCUUGGCUAAUGGAGAAGAAGACCUCUCACGGUUGCCCGUGGGAGUCUCGCUCCACAGCCUGACAAAGACCUACGGCAACCGGCAUGCGGUAGACAACCUGAAUCUUUCUUUCUACGAGGGACAUGUCACCUCUCUACUGGGUCACAAUGGUGCUGGGAAAACCACCACUAUGUCACUCUUGACCGGCUUGUUUGCACCCACCUCUGGCACCAUUGAGGUCUAUGGAAUGGACAUGGAGACUUAUAUAGAGGAUGUGCGGAAGGAGAUGGGCGUGUGCAUGCAGUAUGAUGUCCUUUUCGAUCACCUCACCACCAAGGAACACCUACUGUUAUACGCCCAGAUCAAAGCACCCCAGUGGAACAAGCAGGAAGUGAAGGACCAAGUGUGCAGGAUUCUAAAGGAAACAGACAUGUACUCCCACCGACAUAAACGUGUUGGCACCCUGUCAGGCGGCAUGAAGAGGAAGCUAUCCAUCUCCAUCGCCUUCAUAGGAGGCUCUCGGCUGGUGGUGCUGGAUGAACCGACCACCGGGGUGGAUCCCUGCUCUCGACGCAGCAUCUGGGACAUCGUCCUUCAGCACAAGCAAGAACGCACCAUCAUUCUUUCCACCCAUCACCUGGACGAGGCCGAGGUUCUCAGCGAUCGCAUCGCCUUCCUGGAGCUCGGAGGCCUGAAAUGCUGCGGUUCUCCAUUCUACCUGAAAGACAAGCUGGCUAAAGGUUACAACCUCAUCCUUACGAAGAAGGUUCAGUGUCCUGAUUCAACGGAAAAGUUUGACAGCGAGGAACUAAAACAAUUCAUUCAGUCCCACCUGCCCGACGCUAGGCCGAAAGAGGUAGACGUAGGUGACGUGGUCUACUCUCUCCCGCAGUACAGCCCUCAGAACGCAGUCGCGUACCAAUCACUUCUCAACGGUCUGGAUCAAAACCUGGACAGACUUCAGCUCGGCUGCUAUGGCAUUUCAGACACCACCCUCGAAGAGGUGUUCCUGGAGUUAACUCAAGACAAUAUGGAACCUGAUGUAAACAGCCUCCCCUCCGUGUCAGAGUCUGUGCUGGUGAAUGACUUAUUUGCUUCGAGUGACAGUAUUGCGGACGACAUUAACAGCAUGUAUCUCGGAGAGAAAGCCAGCCUCACCGGCAGCUCGAGCAUGAGUGGGUUGGCCCUGACAGCACAGCGCGUGAUGGCAAUGCUGCUGAAACGUGUGCAUCACUCCAAGAGGGAUUGGAAGGGUCUGAUCUCGCAGGUGGUGCUGCCUGUGCUCUUUGUCGUCGCCGCCAUGGGUCUAGGCUCUAUCAAGAGCGAUCUCCAGCACUUUCCAAAGAUGGAGCUGACCCCUGCUCUCUACCACGUCGAUGAACAAUACGCUUUCUUCAGUAAUCAGAAUUCCAGCAGCAGCAGACUUGUAGACAACAUGAUGUCCUAUCCAGGCAUUGACCACUUCUGCAUGAAAAACCCCAGUAACCCGGUUUGCUUGGAGAGGCAUGACAAAGGAGCAGAGACUUGGAUCUCCAGAGGAAACAACUCGGCUAAGUUUUCCACCUGCAAGUGUAGCGAGCAAACGCAGUCAUGUCCUGCCUCAGGUUACGAUCCUCCUCACAUAAGAAAUCCAUCAUCCCAGAUCGUCUACAACCUGACGGGCAUCAACAUAGAGACCUAUUUGCUGUCCACUGCAAAUGACUUCAUUAGAAACAGAUACGGAGGCUGGGAAUUUGGAAAGCCCCUCCCUAUUGAUCUCAAGUUGGACAUGUUAGACGUACCACAGAACAGAACUCUUUCUAAGGUUUGGUAUAAUCCAGAAGGCCACCACAGCAUGCCAGCUUACCUCAACAGCCUCAAUAACUAUCUGCUCAGAUCCAGUCUGCCACCUGAGAAACGACAACAAUACGCUAUCUCGGUAUCCAGCCACCCCUAUCCUGGCCAAGUUCAAGGAGAAGAUAUCAUGGUUGGAAGUCUGGUCAGCAUUCUGGUCUCACUCUGCGUCAUCACCGGCUACUCCAUCAUGACUGCCAGCUUUGUCAUCUAUGAGGUUCAGGAACAUCACACCGGUUCCAAGAGACUUCAGCAGAUCUCUGGCAUCAGCGAGCAUUUUUACUGGAUCAUCAACUUCUUCUAUGAUAUGGCUCUUUACAUGGUUCCUGUGGUCCUCUCUGUGGCUACGGUAGCAGUGUUUCAGCUCUCGGCCUUCACAGACAGGCAGAACCUCGCCGCAGUCACUCUUCUGCUGGUGCUAUUCGGCUUUGCUACAUUCCCUUGGAUGUAUCUUCUGUCUGCUGUAUUCAAGGAUACAGAGAUGGCCUUCAUCGGUUAUGUGUGCAUCAAUCUGUUCAUCAGCGUCAACACAAUCAUCUCCACUUCCAUUCUCUUCUUCCUCGGUCAACUCGACCCCAACGAACUGAACGUUCAGGAUGUGUACCGAACCAUGAGCAACCUGUUUCUAGUCUUCCCUCAGUUCAGCUUUGGAAACGGGCUGAUGGAGCUGGCACGCGUUGACAUGCAGGUUCAGAUCUUGAACGCUUAUGGGGUGGACGCCUACAAAAACCCUUUCAGCAUGGAUGUGCUUGGCUGGAUGUACAUCUCCUUGUUCCUGCAGGGUGUCAUCUGCUUCACGCUCCGCCUCUUACUUAACAAAUCACUCAUUCGCAAAGUCAGACGGCUAAUCUGUCGUAAGAAGAUCGUUGCUCAGAGCUAUAAUCCCAAUGAUGAUGAAGAUGUGACAGCUGAACGCCUGCGAGUGAACAGUGGGGCUGCGAGUGCAGAUAUUCUGCAGGUUAACCAGCUGAGUAAGAUCUACCAGCAUCUGAAGAGGAGGGUUCACGCUGUCAAUGGCCUGUCCGUUGGCAUCCCAGCUGGAGAGUGUUUUGGAUUGCUGGGAGUCAAUGGUGCAGGGAAGACCACCACCUUCAAGAUGCUUACAGGAGACAUUAGCCCGACCGACGGCUCGGCUAAGAUCUGUAACAUAGACGGGAGAAUGGUCGACAUCAUGGACUGCAGGAGAGAGGGCAUAAACAUUGGUUACUGCCCCCAGGUGGACGCUCUAGAUGACCUUCUGACCGGAGAGGAACAUCUCUAUUUUUACGCUCGCAUCAGGGGCAUUUCCAAGAGAGAAAUUGACCGGGUCGUGAACUAUCUAUUGCAAAAGAUGGAGCUGAAUUACCACAGACAGAACACGAGCGAGAGCUACAGUUGCGGAACACGCCGGAAACUAUCCACAGCAUUGGCCCUUAUCGGAAAUCCUCAGAUCCUUCUACUGGAUGAACCCAGCUCUGGAAUGGACCCACGCACCAAACGCCACCUUUGGAGAAUCAUCCAGGAGCAGGUGAUGGGCAAAUGUGCUGUGGUGCUGACAUCACACAGUAUGGAGGAGUGUGAAGCCCUGUGCACCCGUCUGGCUAUAAUGGUGAAAGGACAGUUCACAUGUCUCGGGUCCCUGCAGCACAUCAAGAACAGGUUUGGCAAAGGAUUCACCGUUAAAAUGUACUUAGCGGGAGCCUCCUGUGAUGUGGAUAUGAUCAGCAACUUCAUGCAGCAAAAUUUCCCCAGCGUGUACCUAAAGGACCAUCAUUCCAACAUGGUGGAGUAUCACGUGCCUGUUGCUCCUGGUGGUGUGGCGUCCAUCUUUAACCAGCUGGAGUCCAACAAGGCUGCUCUGCAAAUCCAACACUUCUCGGUCAGCCAGACCACGUUGGAUGAGGUUUUCAUCAACUUUGCUGAAGGGAAGAUGGACGCAGACUCGCAAGAAGUGACUGACGGCUCAGACGUCGACAGUCUAGACUCAUACAAUGCUCUAGACACAUGAACUGCUUUGAUUUGCACACCAUAGCAUUAACUUAACCUCUAAAAAUGAAUUAAUAUAUAUAUAUAAUAUAUAUAUAUAUAUAUAUAUAUAUAUAUAUAUAGGAACUUUUAUUAACUAUAAAGUUUUGGUGUCAUGAUUUUUAUGAAGGACAAAAGAAAAUCUGUUUAAUUUUGUAUAGAACAAUGAAGGCUCUCAAUAUCUCAUGAAUAUUUUUUUUGUUUGUUUCAAUACCACAUGCCAAACUAUAUCCAAGACAUUAGAAUAUUCUCUUUAUUUGUCUACCUUAAGACACAUCCAGUGCUGCUUAUCUAAGUAAAUCUUUUAAACUUAGUAACCAAAAUUAUGAAGAAUCUUACCAGCUCUACCUAUUUUUAACUUGAAUGAUUUAACUGAACCACCAAAAUGUGUUACUUACUGCAUAAAACGUGUGCAGAGUGAUGAUUUGAUACUGACUACUGGCUCCAUUAAUGCUGAACUUCUUUGGGGUUCAUAUAAAUCACUGUGACCUUUUUGACUUCAAGAUAUAAAUGAUUCUUCAAUAUCUGCACAUCUUCACUCUCAUUAAUAUUUUCUCUGAAGGCACAUCUUUAGAGCGCAAGAAUGUACUGAAUAUUUCAUUGGCUCCCUUUUCUGUCUCCUUCAAGGCACGGUUCCUCUUUGAAAAUGUACCGAGCGUAUUUAUACAUUAAAGCUUUUUUUCAAAUGCA